AUGACGACCACCGUCAACCUCGACAACGACGCUAUCGCGCGCGCCGGUCUUGUGGACCCCGAACAUCACGGCAUCCACCAGAUUGACGAUGAGAAGCGCCAGGAAGCCUUUAUAGACGAGAAGCACCAAAACGACUUUGGCGUUGACCGGCACAGCGUCGCCACUGACGACAAUGACUACCCCGACAAGCCCACAGAAGAGCAGGUGCGCACUCUGCGCCGUGUCUCUGGCAAGAUCAAGUGGGCGAUGUGGACAAUUGCCUUUGUGGAAUUGUGCGAGCGUUUCUCUUACUACGGAUCCGCUGUCCUUUACACCAACUUUGUCAACCACAAGCUGCCCAACGGCUCUGUCACUGGUGCUCCUCUCCCCGGCGACCCUCACCCACAAGCUGGUGCCCUUGGCAUGGGCCCCAAGGCUGCUCAGGGCCUGAGUCUCUUCAAUCAGUUCUUCGCCUACAUCAUGCCUCUUCUUGGUGCCUGGAUUGCUGAUGCUCGCAUGGGCCGUUUCUGGACUCUCCAUCUGGCCAUUGGUAUUUCUACCAUUGCCCACGUCAUCCUUGUCGCUGCUUCUGCUCCUGGUGUCAUUGUUCACCGUGACUCUUCCUUCGCCGCCUUCAUCAUCGGCCUCCUCUGCCUCUGUGUCGGCACAGGUUUUUUCAAGGCCAACGUCUCGCCACUCCUGGCCGAGCAAAACGAAGACACCCGCAUGCGACUCGAAGAGCGCAAGGGCGAACUCGUCAUCGUCGACCCUGCAAUCACCAACACGCGUAUCUUCCUAUACUUCUACCUUUGCAUCAACAUUGGCUCCCUUACUGGCCAGAUUGGCAUGGUCUACGUUGAGAAAUAUGUCGGCUUCUGGCUCGCUUUCCUCAUCCCCACCGCCCUCUUCCUUGUCGCCCCCUUCGUCCUCUGGUCCCAGAAGAAGAACUACAAGCUCACACCACCCACGGGAUCUCUACUCGAAAAGUUCAUCAAGAUGUGGUUCUACGUUCGCAAGAGGUCUUCCUCCAGUUUCCACUUCAACUGGGACGUUGCCCGUCCCUCCAAGGUUGCCGUCGCUGAGCGCCCAUCUUGGAUGACUUAUGAUGAUGCUUGGGUUGACGAAGUCCGCCGUGGUCUGAUGGCCUGCAAGGUUUUCCUUUUCCUGCCAGUCUUCUUCCUCGCCUACAAUCAGAUGACUGGUAACCUGACCACCCAGGCCAGUACCAUGAUGUUACACGGAGUCCCCAACGACAUUAUUCAGAACCUGAACCCCAUCUCUAUUGUCAUCAUGAUUCCCAUCUUUGAUCAUGGUCUCUACCCUCUUCUCCGCCGCGUUGGACUUCCCUUCACCCCCAUCAAGAGAAUGACUGCUGGUUUCUUCAUGGCUACCCUGUCUAUGGUUGCCUCUGCGGUCAUGCAGUACUACAUCUACCAGAAGAGCCCUUGCGGCUGGCACGCCAACGGCACAAUCACCAACGCUGCUGGAGAGGAGGUCAACUGCCCUCCUGCCGAUAUCAACGUCUGGGCCCAGUGCCUUCCUUACAUCUUUAUCGGCAUUGCCGAACUUCUCACCAACGUCACUUCGUACGAGUACGCUUUCUCCAAGGCACCCGAGAACAUGAAGUCGCUGGUAAUGAGUGUCAACCUCUUCAUGAGUGCCGUGUCUGCUGCCAUUGGUCAGGCCUUCACUCCUCUAUCGGGCGACCCUCUUCUCGUCUGGAACUACACUACCAUUUCCGUCAUCUCGUUAAUGGGGGGUGUUGCCUUCUGGUUCUGCUUCCGCCAUCUCGAUGCCGAGGAAGACAAGUGGAACAUGCUCAAGAAGUCCGAGUACGUCGGCCAAAACCAGCCCGGCGUGAGCAAGGCUGCGGACUUGGAACACUAG